GACGGGUGAGUCUGCCACACGCCGCCUCGGUCGCGAAUUGAAGAAAGUCGCUCCAACGAUCAUCCCUCUCCGUUUCCAUAAUCUCCUGCCGUCGAGAUGAUAAUACCACAACAGAAUCUAGAAUUCCCCCCUCUUACAUACUCAUUGCUGCCUCCGUGAAACGACGCUCGGCCGUAGAUACAUACAUACUACCAACGAUACGCUGUACGAUACGACCAUGCCUUUUUCCAAGUGAGCCGACAAACGCUGUAGCUUUAGAGCACGAUACCCACCCACAUUGAGAGCGAGACAAUAGAACCACAUCUGAACUGCCCAGAUCUCGAUUCUAGCGACCAAAAGUGUAGAUACAACCAAGAGUCAGCAGUCAAGUUGCGACAGAGGCGGUUGAGUGUUCUGGCUGGUCCGCGAAACAACCCGCACAUUCACAAGUUGCGCAUUCGACGCCAUGGCCGAUCAUCAACCAUACGUUACUAUACGCUCGCGGAGACCUGUCGAAGGUCCAGGUUCAAGAAGCACUGGCCCUCCUAUGGCCGCAUCUAGUGGGGGAGAUUACUAUGCCAGGUCUGCAACUCAUGACACAAGCCGUACUAGUUUUCAUGUCAAACACAUCGGCCAAUUCGCACAAAGACUUGAAGAUGUCAGUCUCUAUUAUCCGUCACAAGAACAGUCUCUAAACUCUUCUCCAGUCCGCCGCCCGCGCUUUUCCUAAUCGUGGGAGGUCCUCAGCCAGAUACAGCAAAGUGCAAGCAUUGUUAUUACACUGGAACUCGGAUGAUCUAUUCGUUAUUCCUGAAUUGGAAGACCUUGAAAAGUGUUUGAGUGAGGACUAUGGCUUUAACACUGACAUAUUUGCCAUCCCUUCAGAGAACUCCCAUCUGGAGUUGAUGAUGCGCAUAGGGCAACUGAUCAAAGAUCAUGAGUCCCAGGAUACAUUGUUUGUUGUCUACUACGGUGGGCAUGCCAGAAUCGACGAGUCCCGGCAAAGUACCUGGUGUGCUACCCGUGAAGCGAAUUCGCCAUGGCUUCAGUGGUCUGCAAUUCAGACUCUACUCGAACGCUCACUAUCAGAUGUUCUCAUUCUGUUAGAUUGCUGCGCUGGGGCUGCAAGUGCAACUUUUCCCAGCGGAGCCAGUAUCACUGAGACCAUCUCAGCUUCGAGCUGGGACGCCAUUGCACCUGAUCCCGGACGUUACUCUUUCACCAAUGCCCUUAUUGAAGUGCUUCAGGAGUGGCGUGCCCGAGCCUUCUCCGCUGCUAUGCUCCACGCCGAGGUUCUUGCUCGAUUAAAACAUCCUCGACCCAUCACCAUCAAUGGCAAAUACUUUGAGGCCCGAUCGACCCCUGUGCAUUUCAUGAUGACUUCCAACCACAAAGCGCCAAGCAUCGAAAUGUCUCGGAUGUCUCGCGGCGAUAACUUGCCAUCUCCUGAGUUACUGCCGAUACCAGCGAUGGUCCAUGAGACUGGCCGAGCGGCUGAUUCUACCACGCCUGUCUCACGGAAUGACUACAUGUUUACUGAACCCAACGAAGAUACUCCUCAUGUCAUGAUCUCUUUGGCGUUGGAGGAUGACCAGCGGCUUGAUAUCAACGCAUGGGAGCAAUGGCUUGGCGCCUUCCCUGCUAUGGCCAAAUAUGUCAAGGUUCAGGGUGUUUUCAAGAGUCACUCAACAAUGCUCCUUGUCUCCAUGCCGGUCUCUAUCUGGGACUUGCUGCCAGAAGACCAUGCAACAUCGUUCGUUGCUUUUAUCAGAUCGAAUAACUUGAUGACUCAGAAGCCCCGAAACCAAUCGGUGCCGACCUUGGUUCCCGCAAACCGUUAUCCGGUUGAAAAUGACAGCGCAUCGUUCAUUUCUGGUGUUUCGGGUACAACCUUUGUACCUACAGAACUUACGGGGUUGACUGGCCAGAUGGGAGCUUUUCGGGAUCCUGCGUACGGCAGGCAAACCGGACCUGUGGCCAGGAGUACUCUCCCGCCUAUUCAGCAGCUCUCGCCCUUACAUAUGCCAUCACAGCCCGGAUCACCGCCUCAGAGCUUACCGCAGCGAUCCAUGAGACCGAUGCAUUCCACAACAUCUCUUACCACACUACAGAGGCAACAGUCGUCGUCAUCUUUGGGGGGUAGUGGAAACCUGACGAGACAGAUGAUUAUGAAUCAACAGCAAGCUCUCCGACGUACCACUUUUGGCUCUGAUGUUCCAGAACCCAAGAAGUUCUCCCCUCAUGUGGAGAAACGUCUAGAGGAAUACUACCAGACUGAGCCAUUGCCCAACGAUGGCCAGAAAGCGUUUUUCGCCUCAAACCUGGGAGUAGAACCGUGGCAUGUUGAAGUCUGGUUCCAUCAUCGGAGAGAGAGGGAUGCGUUUUCCCAACGAUUCGCAGCCCUGAGAGUCGAAGAUUCGAAAGCCGGUGCUCACGAAGGGCCCCGCAUGAUCUUGCCAGCGAAUCUAAGUGAACUUUUGGACAUAUCUUUACCAGGUCAGAGUCUUUUACUCGAUCUUCGGUCAUCGACGGAAUUCCAGAGGUCGCACAUCAAGGGUGCAAUCCAUUUGCGUGCUCCUCAAUCCUUCCUACGCCCAGCUUCUCUAGAUAUGAUUGAGCGGGCCUUCCCCGACGCACAAAGUCGGAGGACAUUCUCACGCUGGCAGCAAGCGAGAUGUAUUGUAUUCUACUCACGUGGGCUUGAGUACCCCUGGGAGUGCCCCUCGGCCGAUACUCUGCUGGAGAAGCUCUGGGCAUGUGGCUGGCACGGACGAUGCUUCAUUUUGAAAGGACAUUAUCGAGAGUUCAGUGACUCAUUCGGCAAACACGUAUACCGCGCUCAAGACAGCGAUGCCGAGAAAGGGCCUCCCAAGGAAGCACCUAUCAGUGAAGGCAUGCCAAGCAAUGAGAGGGAGCUUGCUGCCCUUUUCGCACGAUUGGAAACAGAGGAUCAGACACGUCACCUCAGUUCAUCUCCUGGGCAUAACGAGGAGCGAACCACAGCACUAGUAGAACAAGAAAAGGCCCUUGAGAGUGAGUUUCAAAAUCAUUUCCCUGCACUCUUCAAGAAGGCACAAGACGUUCACGGUGUUGGACGAUCUGAUGACGAAACCUUUGUCACCAAGGCGCAAAUGGUAGAGUACCUGGAUCGCGGCUUGACCAAAAUUCGAGAUGGCCAAGCUUCCCAAGCAGAAGCCACUGUUUAUGAGCCAGGUCAUUCGAAAUUGGCAGCCGACAGUUACUUUGACCGGACAAAUGUAAAUCGAGAGUCGGACGAGUACGUCGAAGUUCCUCGUGGAGACGAAGCAGCAUCAGAUGGGAGUCCGCAAAUGACAAGCAAGGGUAAGGAAAUAAGGGCAGUGUCAUCCCCAGACGAGAUAACUCGAAGAGGGCGAGGAGGCGGACUUUUGAAUAAGGUGUUCCGAAGGACAUAGUCAAGGGCAUACGGGUUAUGAUUUACGUAUCAUGCAUAGAUCGAUCUCGAAUCAGAUCUGGGAGUUCAUUCUGGAGGGAUAAUAGAGCAAUAGAGGUGGGAGUUUAUAUCUAGUCCUCGUGAUAACGAGACAUAAAACCAAAGGCUUCCAGCUGUCUUUUUAUUCUGCUUCUUAAGUUACAGCUGGAUGAAAUCAUCAAGGACGUUGAUGUUUGUUUACAUCGUGGCUUUCACCAGCAAAUGGUCGUCAUUCUAUUCAUUGUCAACCUGAACAUCGACAGACAACAUCAAAGGACAACUCUCGCAUACCUACUCAUCAAACUCAGCUAGUCGUCGUUCAAUGACGACCGCCAGAACCUCACUGUUCCUCUUCUUAGUCUCCUCCAUUUUGGCUUUCAUCAUUUAAAAAAACCAUCCUGUUCACUAAGUGUGCCCACGCGUUACAGUGUAUGCCCG